AUGGAUUGGGGACUUCUCCUGCACUGUGCAGCCCUCACCUUCACCCUCGGCCGGGCUCUGCGGAGCGAUAAGUGCGGCGACACCAUCAAAAUCUUAAGCCCUGGGUACCUCACCUCUCCGGGCUACCCGCAGUCCUACCACCCCAGCCAGAAGUGCGAGUGGCUGAUCCAGGCGCCGGAGCCUUAUCAGCGCAUCAUGAUCAACUUCAACCCUCACUUCGACCUGGAGGAUCGCGACUGCAAGUAUGAUUAUGUUGAAGUGAUUGAUGGAGAUAAUGCUGAAGGACGCUUAUGGGGAAAGUACUGUGGAAAAAUUGCUCCCCCUCCUUUAGUGUCUUCAGGACCAUAUCUUUUUAUUAAAUUUGUUUCCGACUAUGAGACACAUGGAGCUGGAUUUUCUAUCCGUUAUGAAGUUUUCAAAAGAGGACCCGAAUGUUCCAGAAAUUUUACUUCAUCAAGUGGAGUGAUAAAGUCCCCUGGAUUCCCUGAAAAAUAUCCCAAUAGCCUUGAAUGCACUUACAUUAUCUUUGCACCAAAGAUGUUAGAGAUUAUACUGGAAUUUGAAAGCUUUGAGCUAGAACCUGAUUCAAAUACUCCAGGGGGAGCAUUCUGUCGCUAUGACCGAUUGGAAAUCUGGGAUGGAUUCCCUGAUGUUGGCCCACACAUAGGGCGUUAUUGUGGGCAAAACAACCCAGGACGUGUCCGGUCUUCAACAGGGAUUCUUUCAAUGGUAUUUUACACUGACAGUGCAAUAGCAAAGGAGGGAUUCUCAGCAAACUACAGCGUGUCACAGAGCAGUGUAUCAGAAGAUUUCCAGUGCAUGGAACCACUAGGUAUGGAGUCAGGAGAAAUCCACUCUGAUCAAAUCACUGUCUCCUCCCAGUACAGUGCUAUCUGGUCUUCAGAAAGGUCCCGGCUAAAUUACCCAGAGAAUGGAUGGACCCCAGGGGAAGAUUCUAUCAGAGAAUGGAUACAG